AUGUCCGACACAUCACCAUCCUCCUCGGACGAGCGUCUGCGGACGGCCGUCAUCGCCGAACACCUCCCCGCCGGCUACGGCACCUCCUUCGACGGCACCCGAACCCUCUCCAACUCCAACCUCGACCUCACCCGCCAGAACUCCAACCCGCCCGUCCCGAGCCUCCACGCCAACGACUCCGAAGAGCCGCAAGAGGUCUCCUCCCUCCUCCUCCCCGGCGGCGACAUCCACCGCGACCUCUACAAGAUCUCCGCGAGGGAGCAGGGUCUCAGGCGCGCCCAGACCUUCUCCCACCCCCGCCGCACCGAGUCCGGCCACGAGUCCGACAUCGCCGCCGCCGACAUGCUGAUGCCCCAGGGCUUCCGCCGCCAGUUCGUCAUGCAGAAGCACAACUUCACCGCCGCCAACCUCCCCAUCACCCGCAAUUUCGUCGAGUUCCUCGACUUCUACGGUAGCUUCGCGGGUGAGGACCUCGCGGACUCCGAUGAUGAGGCCAUCGUCACCGACGACGAGGACGAGGAACAAGGACGCCAGGCCCCGGCCGAGUCGAGACCCCUCCUCGGACGGAGACGCUCCUCGCGCUUCGCCCGUAAGGUCGGCGACGCCAGCACCACAAAGACCUUCUUCACCACCCUCAAGGCCUUCAUCGGCACCGGCAUCAUGUUCCUGCCCAAGGCCUUCAAGAACGGCGGCAUCCUCUUCUCCUCGCUGACCAUGCUCGUCGUCGCCGCCAUCUCCAUGGCCGCCUUCCACCUGCUCCUGCAGUGCCGCACCCGCUACGGCGGCGGCUACGGCGACCUCGGCAAGGAGAUCUCCGGCCCGCGCAUGCGCUCCCUCAUCCUCGCCUCCAUCACCCUCUCCCAGCUCGGCUUCGUCUGCACCGGUCUCGUCUUCGUCGCCGACAACUGGUUCUCCUUCCUCCAGGCCGUCACCAACGGCGCCAACCCCCUCGACUCCACCGCCCUCAUCGCCCUCCAGGCCGUCAUCUUCGUGCCCCUCGCCUUCAUCCGCAACAUCUCCAAGCUCGGCCCCGCCGCCCUGCUCGCCGACGUCUUCAUCGUUUUGGGUGUGGGCUACAUCUGGUGGUACGACAUCUCGGCCCUCGCCACCCGCGGCAUGGACCCCUCCGUCCGCCUCUUCAACCCGGCCUCGUACACCCUCACCAUCGGCGCCUCCAUCUUCACCUUUGAGGGCAUCGGCCUCAUCAUCCCCAUCCAGGCCAGCAUGAAGAAGCCCGAGCACUUCGAGAAGCUCCUCGCCGGCGUCAUGCUCCUCAUCACCUGCGUCUUCACCUCCGUCGGCGCCCUCUGCUACGCCACCUUCGGCGACCGCACCCAGAUCGAGGUCAUCAACAACUACCCCCAGGACAGCCGCCUCGUCAACGCCGUCCAGUUCAUGUACGCCCUCGCCGUGCUGGUCGGCAACCCCGUCCAGCUGUUCCCGGCCAUGCGCAUCAUCGAGGGCAAGGUCUUCGGUCACCGCUCCGGCAAGAAGGACCUCGUCACCAAGUGGAAGAAGAACGCCUUCCGCACUUCCCUGGUCGCCGUCUGCAUCGGCGUCUCCAUCGCCGGCUCCGCCAACCUCGACCGCUUCGUCGCGCUCAUCGGUUCCUUCGCCUGCGUGCCGCUCGUCUACAUUUACCCGCCGUACCUGCACAUGAAGGGCGUCGCCGAGACGCGGAAGGAGAAGAUGUACGACGUCGCGCUGAUGACGCUCGGGUUGGUCGGCAUGGUCUACACCACGGCCAUCACGCUGGCCACCAGCUUUUUGUAG